AAUUGACGUAGAUGUUCCAUAAGAUCGAGAGAAAUUUAGUUAUUUCUUUUCUUCUCCGAGUCUCAAGCGACUAUUUUCAACUGUUUACGUUCUUACACUUCUCUGUGCUUGCCACGUGUCCUACCUCACCUCCUCUUCUUCAUAGUGAUCCUAAUUCUUCUCAUAUUCUCAACACUUAUUUUUUCUCUCCAAGUUGUUCUCAUUGCACACACUGUUCAUUUCCUGCAGCUUGUGAAGAGUGCAUCAUGAUGCCAUUGGUUUGAUUUUUCUGUGUUUUGUCAUUGAUUUUGUGUUACAACAAUUGGUUACAUCCUUGCUUAUUUAAUGAUCUUCUGGAUGCAUGUGCAACUUGUUGAACUGAAUCAAUAAAUGCUAAGGAUAUUUCUCUGUGUACCAAUAUCAAGCAACAAGAGUGCUGCUGAGGAAUAUAGCAGUGAAACUGAAAAGCAAGAUCACUUUUUCGCAUCACAAAAGACAAAAAAGAACAUACUGGAAGGUUAGAGGUCUUGCACCAAGAAGACAAUAUCAUAGCCCUGGUAUUUUUAUUUCUUCAUUAGGUUCAGAAGCUUGUUUUAGCUUCAUUGGGGUUUGAAGGAAAAAAUGUCGUUUAAGAGAUCAAAAUCAGGAACUGAAAGAACUCUAUCUACUGAAGAGGAGCAGAUGAAGGUUCUAGAAGUCAAAAAGAUGAUUGGUCCAAUUGCUGAGAAGUGCUCAGUUCUGUGCUCGGAUGCAUCAAUUCUAAGAUACCUUAGAGCGCGAAGUUAUAAUACUAAGAAGACUGCAAAGAUGUUGAUAGGCACCAUAAAAUGGAGGCUGGAGUUCAAGCCUGAGAAGAUUCAAUGGGGUGAUAUUGCUCAAGAAGCUGAGAGAGGAAGGCUGUAUAAAGCUGAUUACUUGGACAAGCAAGGAAGGAUUGUUUUUGUUAUUAGACCUGGUAUUCAGAGUACAAACACUCCAAUUGCGCAAAUCAAGUACCUAAUUUACUGUUUGGAGAAUGCCAUAUGGAAUCUAGGUUCCGAUCAAGAGCAGAUGGUUUGGCUCAUUGAUUUUCAAGGGUGGAACACAGCAUGCUUGUCUAUGAAGGUUGCACGAGACACUGCUCAAAUCCUGCAGGCUCAUUACCCGGAGAGGUUGGGCAUUGCAAUUUUUUACAAUCCACCAAAAGUGUUUGAGUCAUUUUGGACGAUGGUGAAACCAUUUCUAGAACCCAAGACUCACAAAAAGGUGAUAUUUGUUUACCCUCAUAACCCAAGAAGCUGCGCGGUGAUGACAGAACACCUUGACAUGGACAAGGUGGAAUCCCAUUUUGGUGGGAAAAAUACAGUUGGAUUCAACUAUGAAGCUUAUGCUCGGAAAAUGAAAGCAGAUGAGAGUACCAUGUCUCGUGUAUUUGAUUCAUGUUGUUCAUCAUUGCCCGGACUUUUAGACUCAAAAUAUCUCGAACCAGUGGAGUCAGUUACCAGUGCUUCUGUGGGUGAAGCAGCAUCUUGGGAGAAAGCAAUUUGUCCAAACUUGGAAGAUGCUGAUGGUAGUACAAAUGGAAAGAAAACUUGCUCCCAGUAUGAAUCCAAUAAGGUCAAUGAACCAAAAAAGACAUAAAAGGCUGAAUCAGAAGAAAAGUAGGGAUAGGCAAGGUGGAUUAUAUUACUCAUUCAAACUACACAAACACUUAACUUCAAUCAGUACGCAUUAUAGGUUUGAAAGUGUCAUCUGAACCAUUGCUUUCUGAACCAAAGCCACUUGUGGUCCAUGGUCCAUACUAGCAUGGAUCCAUAUCUCACUCAAAAAGAUAGAAGUUUGAGUUGGCUCAUAUGGCAUGAGAAUGUCAGAAAAAUUCAAGAAAUAGAAAUUUCAGAUUUCUUUCAUGUUACUUUUUCCCUCUCCCUCAGUUUCUCUAUCUUUCUGUGUGUUGUGGUGGGGUUCUGAUAGGGUGUUUCAGUGAUUGUGAUUGCUAUUUGUUCAAUGCUAUGAUGAGAAACACCUACCACCCUUUCAUGUACUAAGGUACAACCCAAUACCUAAUUCACAAAAAGUGGAUUUUCCUUUAAACAUGAAAAUUUUGUAGAGAUGAAGCAUUUUCCAUAUUAAUGUAUUUGUUAGUUCGUGAUGGGGUGUCAUGGAGCUGGAGUUGCAUCAUCAAAUCAGCAUUUUAAACCAGGCUAGUAGUGGUUGUGACUUUACAGAAAGGAAAGCACGUGACUCUUUCAGGGAAACAUCUAACUUA